CACUGCUUCUGCUUCACGUGGAAAAUACCAGAAAACGCCGAUGGAGGUUGCCGUAUUUCGUUAAGCCACCGUAAAGUAGAGAUUCCGUGUACAUGAUAUGCGCGGUGGGCCCCUUGAAGCGCUCACGCUUUAUGAGUUCGUUAUCUCUGAGACAAGUGGAUAUCAUCCGCCUCACUUGCGUUGAGUUUCAGUGAGCGAGCGCGACCCCGGUGGCCGGACGAAAUGACGUUUGGGGCGCUCUUCGUCACUGCCACGAAGCUUGCCGGAGCAAUUGUCACGAUCACCAUCGCCGCUAAUGCCUUCUCAUUCUCCCGUUUCAGGCGAAAGAAUCUCCGCCCGUUCCGCUCGCCUAUUGACGAGUCCUCUGAUGUACUCGCCGUCUUCAAUGUUGAUGAAGAGGAAAAUGGUUUUUUCUUUGGCCUGGCUACAGCACCAGCACAUGUUGAGGAUAGGCUUAAUGAUGCUUGGAUUCAGUUUGCAGAAGAAGAAAAGCCUCGUGCUGACUCACAAGAGGUCAAACAACAAGCUGAUGCUUUGAUGGGCUCUGCUACUGGUGAUGGUGGGUCACACCAAGCUGCUUCAUCUCGACAGCAUGAUGAUUAUGCAGUUAAAAAGAGGAAAAAGCCUUUAAAGGUUGCUAUGGAGGCCAUGAUUAGAGGAUUUGAGAAGUACUCAGAAGAAGAUGAAGAAGCACCAGCUGCUGUGCCAAAAGAAGAACAACAACAUAAUGUAACUUCUUGGCAUAAUGUUCCGCACCCGGAGGAGAGAUUAAGGUUUUGGUCUGAUCCUGAUACAGAACUGAAGCUGGCCAAAGAUACUGGUGUUACUGUCUUUCGCAUGGGGAUAGAUUGGUCAAGAAUUAUGCCAGAGGAGCCUGUAAAUGGGUUAAAAGAAUCUGUUAACUAUGCUGCUUUGGAGCGUUAUAAGUGGAUUAUCAAUAGGGUUCGGUCAUAUGGGAUGAAAGUCAUGCUCACUCUUUUUCAUCACUCACUCCCACCUUGGGCUGGUGAGUAUGGAGGUUGGAAGCUGGAAAAGACUGUUGAUUAUUUCAUGGACUUUACCAGGCUUGUUGUAAACAGUGUAUCUGAUCUGGUAGAAUAUUGGGUUACUUUCAAUGAACCUCAUGUCUUCUGUAUGCUUACUUAUUGUGCUGGCGCUUGGCCUGGUGGUAAUCCUGAUAUGCUGGAGGUUGCUACUUCUGCUCUUCCAACUGGUGUGUUCCAACAGACCAUGCAUUGGAUGGCUAUUGCACACUCAAAAGCAUAUGAUUAUAUCCAUGAAAAAAGUGACUCAUUAAAACCCAUAGUUGGUGUAGCACACCAUGUGUCAUUCAUGCGACCCUAUGGUCUGUUUGAUGUCGCUGCUGUUUCACUGGCUAAUUCCUUGACUCUCUUCCCGUACAUCGAUGGUAUUUCUAACAAGCUGGAUUUUAUAGGCAUAAACUACUAUGGGCAGGAAGUUGUUUCUGGUGCGGGACUGAAACUUGUGGAAACAGAUGAAUACAGUGAAUCUGGUCGCGGGGUAUAUCCUGAUGGCUUGUAUCGCAUGUUGCUUCAGUUCCAUGAAAGAUACAAACAUCUAAAUGUUCCCUUCAUUAUUACUGAAAACGGAGUAUCUGAUGAGACAGAUCUAAUCCGACGUCCAUAUCUGUUGGAACAUUUGCUUGCUAUAUAUGCAGCCAUGACAAUGGGUGUUCCUGUGCUUGGUUACCUGUUUUGGACUAUUUCUGAUAACUGGGAGUGGGCUGAUGGAUACGGUCCCAAGUUUGGACUUGUAGCAGUUGACCGAGCUAAUAAUCUUGCACGCAACCCACGCCCUUCUUACCACCUAUUUUCUAAAAUUGUGAGCACGGGCAGAGUCACACGUGACGAUCGUGACAGAGAAUGGAAUGAACUCCAGAGAGCUGCCAAUGAGAAGAAAACAAGACCAUUUUAUCGGGCUGUAGACAAGCACGGCUUGAUGUAUGCAGGUGGACUCGAUGAACCUAUUCAGCGACCUUAUAUUGAGAGAGAUUGGCGGUUUGGUCACUAUGAGAUGGAUGGUCUACAGGAUCCUUUGAGCUGCUUCUCAAGAUUCAUUGUCCGGCCAUUCUCUCUGAAAAGGAAAACGAAACCUCAGAAGAAGAGGGACACACUAGUUCUUCAGCCUCUUGAAGCCACAUGAAUCAGCUUCAUAGAGAGGCAACCUGCACAGCAGAAGAAUAAUCUGCGGUCAUUGGAUCAAGGCAAGGGAAUUACUAGCUUCUGGUUUGAUUUUAUCGUCCCAUUAUAUCAUGCAUAAAUGUCCAUCCCCAAGGAACCUCUUCAUGCUUUUUGAGGCAGUAUUCAUAUAUACUCUCUGCGAUGGCUUAUUAAAUGCCAUUACUCGCUACGCUGUUUUACUAAUUAAUUGCUUUAAAUCACUUGUGACAAAUCCCUUUUUUCCUCCGCUUUUGUCCCAUGUGAAUAAUAUUCUGUGGCAGCGCAAAUCGUCUAUAAUAUUGAAAAAUGCUUGCUUUCUUA